GAGAGGAGGGACAUGGUGCUAUCAUCAUGGCGGGAUGCAUGAAAAUGAUGCACGGUUUGAUUUCCACAAGCGCUAAAUUAAUGCUCAUCACGGCGCUACUGGCCUGUUUCCCUCAAACCUCCCACCAGGAUACGGGUAACCAACAUCCAGUGAUUGAUCUCCAGGAUGGACAAACGUACGUCCGGUCAGGGUCCAACAAGUUCUGUUAUAAGAACUCUGUAGUACCAUCCUGGAGGCAAACAUGGACACGGAUUCAGGUCAGAGUGUGGAGUUCAAACGUGUUCAAGGUGGAAACUGUGGAAGGUGAGGAGGAGCUGCAGGAGCUGGACCGCUUCAGUUUCUGGGGCUGGUUUCAGAGCUUCUUACGCGAGCGGCAAAAUGAAACCACUAUUAACAUCAACCUGUUCAGCAAGAAGACGUGCUUCAAGAUCGACCCUGCUGAUAAAACUCCGUACACCAUCAAGCCCCUUCGCAAGUUCGAUAUUUAUCUGUUUUUGGUAUUCCUCGCUGGAACGCUGUUGUUCAUCUUUGCAGACUCACUCAGCAGGAGUCAGGUUUUCUUCUACUCUGCUGGUAUGAGCACUGGCAUGAUCGCCUCUCUCAUCAUCCUCUUUUUCAUUUUGGCACGCUUUCUGCCAAAGAAAAGCCCUUUUUAUGUGUUGAUUGUUGGCGGCUGGUCAUUUUCUCUGUACGCCAUCCAGCUUGUCUGCAGGAACCUCAACAUGAUUCUGCGAGAACACUGGCAUGUGGCAUUAGGUUAUGUAUCAGUGGUGGGAUUCAUCAGUUUUGCUGUGUGUUACCGUUACGGUCCUCUGGUGGACGAGAAGAGCGUUAACAUCCUGUCGUGGACGCUGCAGCUGUUUGGCCUGCUCCUGGUUUAUUUAGGGAUUCAAAUUCAGCAAGUUGCCUUCGCCAUCAUUGUGGCAAGUUUGAUCUCCAAGAACCUGGAGUACCCAGUCUUCCUGGUUGUUGCUGCAUGGAGGAAAAUCAAACGGUUCGUUCGCUGGAAGCCGGAGCCACGUCGCCUGUUGACUGAGGAGGAGUAUCAGAAGGAGGGAGAGGAAGAGACUCGGCGUGCACUGGAGGAUCUGAGGAAGUACUGUAACAGCCCAGAGUUCAGCCCGUGGAAGGCAGUGUCCAGGCUUCAGUCUCCAAAAAGGUUUGCAGAUUUCAUUGAAGGGUCCCCUCACUUGAUGCAAAAUGAGGUGUCUGUCCACGUGCAGGAAUAUGGCUUCGGAGGAUCUUUUUUCGAGGAUGAAUUUUUUGACACCGACGACGAGGAAGACUACAUCAAACCAAUGAUGAAACCAGAGUGAGACGGCACAGCGUUGGGAGACGUAUGGAAAUAUAAACGGUUAUCAUUGCCUUUCAAAAGGGUGGCCGGAGAACAGCUCGCCAUGGCUCCUGUGGACACUUCGAGUGAUUACUGUGGAGGCUGGAUUAAGAAAAAGCCUGGAUUGUCAUGUCGGUCACAAGAGAUUGACCAAAACUGGCUUUCAUUGAAAAAAAAAUCAAUGACAAUCGCAGGCAGAACAGUAGAGGUCACAUCUGUUAUCAGCAUUAAAAAAAUGGAAAAGUGAUUUCAAAAUGUGCACUAAAGCCAGAUUGCUUUGUUUUCAGGGAACAAAGGCUUCUGUUAAAAUUGAGGUUACAAAUACGACGAAACUCAGUUAUUGAGACUAGUUGGAGGUCAAAGCAAUUUAACUUUUUACUGUGUGAUGAUAGUUUGUGUUGUCUUUAGUCAUAUUAGAGGAGGUUUCACAUUUUAAUUUUCAAAAAGUGUUGUUUACAGCCUUUAGGCUCUAAACGGGCUCGCUGCAAUGAGAGCGUCCAGGUUGUGCAGCACAUCGUGAAGAGUUUUCACUGCUCUGAACAGCAACAUGGUAUCUGGUGGUUACUGUUACAGCUUUCUGCUCGGGGAGCAAAAGUUCAGUCGAGUUUGUAUUUCACGGUUUUUAUUUUAAUGGACAUAAAUCAGUGGAAGUUUCCUAAAGUAUUUUGAAUAAAAACAUUCUGUCCACA